AUGAAAGAGGUGGAGAAGCCCCCCAAGGAAAUAAGGCAGCUGCUGCCCGUAAUGCUGAUAGGCCUGGUAACCCUCGUCAUGUACUCCAUAUUUGUCACGUUCUACUGCAUGGUUUUGCUCCAAAUAAACGUGCAGAAGCAGUACGUGGACAGCGACCUGUUGAAUGAGGGUUACACCAAGCUGCUAACGUUCCACGUGUUUCUGUUCCUCUUCAUCUGGUCCUUUUACAAAACGUACACGGUGGACCCUGGUAGCAUCCCCGAUACUCAUGAGUGGACCGUCGAGCCGGACGUGAGCAGAAUAAAGGAGAGAGGACCGAAUGGCGAGCUCCGGUACUGCACCCACGAGAAGAAGUACAAGCCGGAUCGCGCCCACUACUGCAGGGCCACCAAAAAGAAUAUUCUUAAAAUGGACCACUACUGUCCCUGGGUUGCAAAUGGCGUGGGUCACCACAACUACAAAUUUUUUCUGUUAAGCCUCUUCUAUGCUAAUCUGUGCUGCUUAUAUGUGGAGGUGAACUGCCACUCGUCCUUCCCCGACUUGUAUGCAAACCCGAACGUCCUCUUCAACGAAGUUUUUUAUAUUUUUUUGGAGAUCGUCCUUGCCGCCGUCAUCCUCCUAAUUAUCUUCCCCUUCUUCCUGUUCCAUCUGUAUUUGACUGCCCACAAUUAUACGACCCUGGAGUUUUGUGUGAUUGGGAAGAGAGACAAGAAGAGCAUGUACGACUUGGGCGUGGAGGAGAAUUUCAACCAAGUUCUGGGAGACAACCUGCUUCUGUGGCUGCUGCCCGUUGGGGGCCCCAAAGGAGACGGAUUAUUUUACCAGACGUUUGCCCACCACGCUCACUCCUUCACACUUUUUAAUGGCACCACACCAUCCCCCCCAGAUAAUGAGCGGGGAGCCACCAAACACAUGAAUUUUGUGAAGUUGUCCCUCGAUUCGUACCCUGUUAAGUACUACAACCGAACGCACAAAGUCACCAACACGCUGAGGUUGAAGGGGAUAGGGUUGCUGACCUGGGAGGAGGAGGACAUCAGGCGUUUCUUUCAGGAGCUGGACUUGACCUUUAUGGUCUACCUGAUACUCCAGCAGAAUGUCGUGUAUGUGGAGUUUUACAAGAAGAAGGACUGCUCCUAUGUCUUUAACCUUUUGAACCACAAUCCUCCCAAGGGACAGCUGGAGCGUAAAACAGACAUCCAGGCGGAGUAUGUAAAUGUUCGAUACGACAUAAAGGAGGAUUCCCCCACCGUCUACUCGCGGGAUGUCUCUGUCCUGGUGAGAGGUCUCCCUGGCAAGGAAGCUAAAGGGGAAGCCCCAAACGAGAGCGAACUGAAUGCGGCUAACGGUGGGGGCGACGUUUCCAUCCAAGCGGACGCAGUCGGGGAAGACUUUUCUCGGCAGGUCAUUCGGGCGUACGAGGAAGAGCAGUGGCUGAAGUAUACCAAAAACGACGAGAUCAACGUGUGCCACUACUUCUGCCGGAGCACGCCGAACAAAAUUUACAAGUCCUACUGCAUCCCGGACGCGCACCUGUUCUUCUCUUCGGAGUGCCUGGAGCGCAUAGGGGUUCUUCUGGAAGGUCGCCAACCGAACCAGAUCUCCAUCCUCAAGUGUCAUGUGAAUAAGGCCGUCGAGUAUGUCAUCGAGUCGAGGCAUAUUUUUCAGGAUGAAAUUGCCUUCCUAGUUAUGAAGAAUGAUCUACCCAUGUCCUUCCUCGACAUUCGAAAUGAGACGAAAACGAACCUAAUGGUUGCGAAAAACACCCUCAUUAAAAUUAAGGGCAGAAGGAGAUACGAAUUAAUUUUUGGAAUUCCGAAGAAGAAAACGCUGCAGCUGGAGGGGGAGACCGUACGGCGACAGGACAGCUACCUGAUCAUCUUCCGCUUCAUUGACGAGCCCAGCGUAAAGAAAAUGUUAACGCAAAAGCAUAGGAACGAAAGGGUUAAGGACGAACCUCAGGAAAAAAGUUGCGUCUCAGUGGACAUUGCACAAUACAACUCAGAUACAAUUGAAAAGACAUACGUCCUCGAUGUGUAUAACAGAAUAGCUCAACACUUUUGCUACACGAGGUACAAGUCGUGGAACAACGUGGAGAAUAUCAUCAACGAGGAGCAGGAGGGAAACCUCAUCGUUGACGUUGGGUGUGGCAAUGGCAAGAACGUACAGGUCUCCUCCAAGUAUUUCUUCAUUGGCUUAGAUUUCAGUUGGUACCUUUUGAAGUUUGCCCAGAAGAAAUGGAAUUCAGAUUUGUUCCUUGCAAACUGCGUCAGCAUACCUCUACGAUCGAACGUAGCAGACCUGUGCAUAUCCAUCGCGGUUAUUCAUCACAUUGGCACGCACGAAAAACGGCGGCAGGCAGUGGCUGAGAUGGUGCGAUGUACCAAAGUUGGAGGGAGGAUCCUGAUAUACGUCUGGGCCUAUGAACAGCAGGAGAAUGUGGUUGGCAACCGCAAGUUCGAUUCUCAGGACAUUUUCGUUCCCUGGUACCUUCAGCCGCAGCACACCCUUGAAGGCAGUGAAGACGUGAAAGAAGGGGAGGCGGCCGAGCGAGAAGUCCUCCACCCAGCCAAAAAGGAUCUGCAAAAGCUACAGAGGUACUACCACGUGUUUAGGAAGGAAGAGCUACACGACUUGUGCUUAAGCAUCAGUGGGGUCCGCAUCGAAGAUUUUUUUUUUGACACUAAUAAUUGGGCCAUUCUUUUGAAGAAAGUUGGUUGA